AUGGCAUUCUUGUGCCCUGUGCGAAUCAGACGGGGUAAAAAGAAAAAAUCAAGUAUAGGAGAAUCUGAAAAGGAUCUCUCAAGACCUGGCUCAGGGUUGAGUCCAGGUAUGGGCCGCAUCACCGGCUCUGCAAGUAUCGAGACUCUAGUCCGAGUUGGCAUUGAGAAGGAACAUGGCCUGAGUCCAGACUCCAAAAUGGUUGUACUUCAUGAUUUUACACCAUGUGUUGAUGAUGAACUUGAGGUGAAAAGGGGCCAAAUUGUAAAUGUAUUAUACAGAGAGAAUGAUUGGGUGUAUGUAAUAGUGGCAGAAUCUAGACGAGAAGGAUUUAUUCCACAUUCCUAUUGUGCACCCUGUGAACAUCAUGACUUGAAAAAGAAAUUGCCUAGAAGCCGGUCACCUACAGACUUAGCACAUAGGGAUGUUUCACAAUUAUCACUAUCAGAUGGGGCAACAAAUGAUGUACAUUCAGAGUUGGGAAGUGAAGGUGACGCCUGUCCGUUUAGCAAAGACCCAUCUGGGCGUUAUGUAGUACUGUACACAUUCACAGCAAGAGAUGAAAAUGAUGUGGAUGUAGAAAGAGGGGAAUUUGUUACAGUGCUAAAUAGAGAAGAUCCAGACUGGUACUGGAUAGUGCGCAGCGAUGGCCAAGAAGGUUUUAUUCCCUCUGGCUUUGUGUAUCCAGCUGUUGUACAAGCACAACAAGAAACUCCCCAAACAAUUCAUUCAUCACAAGUUAACGCGAAAACUAUCAACAACACACAAAAAGACAACGACACCAGAUACCACGGGACAGAGCUAGUCAUGCUCUACGAUUACAAGGCACAAGCACCAGACGAUCUAUCAGUGAAAAGAGGAGAAUGGGUAUACGCAGACCUAACUCAGCAAACAGUAGAAGGCUGGUUAUGGGCUCAUGCGCCUAAAUCACGUCGAUCCGGCUUCAUUCCCACUGCAUAUGCGCGCGCGCCGCAUACUACAUCACUGUAG